UUUUACUAAACAAAUAUUCUGCCUUUUCCUUCCUCUAGGGUUUCUCUCUCGCAAAACAGAAAAUGGCGUACGAAGCACAGUACUCUUCAGGACUCGAUGCCGGCAGCAACAAGCGUAAAUACGAUGACGAAGCACCGCCGUAUUCCUCCUGUAGGAGGCCUACAGGUUUCUCCUCCCCGAAUUCGGCUCCUACUUCAUACAACAGCGUUCCGCCACCGCUCGACGGCAUCGAGAUGGCCAAGCAGCGAGCUCAGGAGAUUGCCGCUCGCCUUACUGCCUCCGUUGCCUCUUCUGGCGCUGACCUGAAGCGCCCUCGUGUCGAAAACGAAUCUGGCGGUGGCUUUGAUUACGAGAAGGGAUUUAGCUCCGCUCCUUCUGAUAUAAAACCCCCAUCAAACUCUGCUCCUUCAGCCAUACCGGUUUCUUAUGGAAGCUACCAUGGUAGUAGCAAAAAGAUUGACAUUCCUCAAAAUAGGGUUGGUGUUAUAAUUGGGAAAGCGGGAGAAACCAUCAAAUAUCUUCAACUACAAUCUGGGGCAAAGAUUCAGGUCCAAAGAGAUACUGAUGCAGACCCUAAUUCCAUGAAUAGGCCUGUAGAGCUCGUGGGUACUGCUGAACAAAUAGCUAAGGCGGAGCAGUUGAUAAAUGAUGUUCUUGCCGAGGCUGAAGCAGGGGGUACUGGCAUGGUUUCUCGACGAAUGACAGGACAGGCUGGAAGUGAACAUUUUGAAAUGAAGAUUCCGAGUAACAAGGUUGGUCUGGUGAUUGGUAAAGGUGGUGAAACAAUUAAAAGCAUGCAAGCUAGAACUGGAGCUCGCAUUCAGGUGAUACCAUUGCACCUGCCCCCAGGUGAUACAUCGACAGAAAGGACAUUGCACAUAGAUGGGACAAGUGAACAGAUUAAAAAUGCAAGAGAAUUGGUUGAUGAGGUCAUAAGUGAGAACCGUGUGAGAAAUCCAUCAAUGGCUGGAGGAUAUCCACAGCAAGGUUAUCAAGCACGACCACACUCAAGUUGGGGCCAAGGGGCUCCCCCAAUGCAGCAACCUGGUUAUGGUUAUAUGCAGCCUGGGGCAUAUGCUGGUCCAUCACCGCAGUAUAACAUGUCACAGCCUCCGUAUGGGGGCUAUCCUUCCCAACCUUCAUCUGGUGGAUAUGCCUCUGGCUGGGACCAGUCAUCUGUAACACUAAACCAGCAAACUUCUGCUGCAAGUGGCUAUGAUUACUAUAACCAACAGCCUACUUCACAGCAGCAGCAAGCCCCCGGUGAUUCAACAACUCCAGCCAAUAACAGUGGUUACAAUUACAGUCAUCCUCCAGCUUCUAGCUAUAUGCAACCAGGACAAGGUUAUUCUCAGGAUAGUUACGGAGGAUACCAUGGGGCUCCACAAUCAGGUUAUGGGCAGCCAUCACCAUAUGAUAACCAACAAAGUUAUGGUUCUGCACCGAGCUACAGUAAUGCAACGAAUCCUACACAAGGGGAUUCAGGUCAGGCACCUACAUCUACGCAGCCAUCUGCAGUGGGACAACAAGGAGGUACUCAAUCUGGUUACGGGGUGCCUCCAACUUCCCAAAGUGCCUAUGGGAAUCAUCCACCAGCUCAGUCUGGUUAUGGAACUGGAUAUGGACCACCACAAACACAGAAACCUUUAGCCAAUCCCCCUGUGUAUGGGCAGACUCAGCAGUCACCUAGCACCCCAGGAAGUUAUGGCCAGCCAGGAUACCCCUCACAGGCACCAUCUUCUGCUUAUGGUCCACCAUCAAGUUAUGGUGCUGCAUCUGUUCAGCCUGGAUAUGGAGCCCCAACCUAUGGAACAGCACCAGCCAGCCAGCCUGGUUAUGGAGCACCUUAUAACACCUCUUACGGUGGAAGUUACUCACAGCCUCAAGCAUAUCCUGCUGAUGACAAUGCAAGUGGGAACGCACAUGUAACUUACGAAGCUGCUCCAGCGUCUAAAACUGCUGAACAAGGUGGAACUGCAAAGGCAUCGCCCCAAAGUUGAUUUGGGUUGGAGGUGAGUUUGUUGAACGCAACUUCAUAUUUUUGGAUUUAUUACUUGAUGCAAAAUGGUUUAUUAUAUUUCAGUUAAAUCAAAGCUAGUUUUUGCAGUGGUUUUAGGACAAUGAUAGCGUUGUUUAAGUGUUUUUAGUUAAAUAAUUAGAUGAUGCAAAUGGUGUUGGAUUGGCUUAUUUGUGUUGCUUUGUACUUGUUUUUGGUUUAAAAUCAAAGGACUAAAUAUGCUUGUUA